CUGGACUUCCCAUGCCGACCCACCGCUGUGUGUACACUUAGAGCAUAACCAAGCUUUGUGCUGAGAUCAAAGACAGAUUCUGGGAUGUCACGCUGGGGAUAGGCAGAGGGGAAAAUGAGGGAAAAUCUUUGUUUGCACGCAUGCCUCGGCAAAGUAGGUUAGGAGAUGAAGAGUGAAAGUCAAAGACGGCAAGAGGUGUGAGAAAUGGAGAUGCGCAUAAAGCCCAGUGGAAGGCACAAACGUUGUUUGUGAAGCCGUGAAGCCGUGUCUUCCUCGUGCUCAGUCUGUGGAUUUGAUGUUUUGCCACAGUGCCGCCUCGCCACGGACAGCGCCGUUUGCGUCGUAGUUCAGAGCAUGGCAAGGACAACACAAACGGUCAGGGAAGGCAAUUUGUUCACGCGUGUGUUCCCAGAACAGCAAAUUAAAUGAGGUUUCCGCCGGCGGUGCGAUGAUUUGGCAUUUUUAAAAAAAAAAUAUAUAUAUAUAUCUGAAGAAAUAGCCUUCUUCUUUCCCGCGUGGGCACAUGCAGGAGGAGACUUGGAGAUGCCAGCCAGCAACCCGGGGACACUUGACGAGGAUGGAGAUUUAAAAUAUGAAUGGACUGGACCUUAUCUGGAGGACUAUUUUCUGAACGACAAAUAAUUUGCAUUCAUUGCCAGAGAGAAGGUGUGGCAACCGCCGCGUGUCCGAGCUGCCCGUGGCACGUGGAUGGAUGACUUUUGUGCGAACAUAAGAAAGAGCCGAGAGUACGUGUAACUUUAUAUGCCACACGUGAUUCCCGCACAAUAGCCCGGCAAUUCAUUCCCAUCGCCUUUAAGUGGCAGACUCUCGUUGGGCUCUUGUGGAACUCGAAAGGGUGCGCUUAAUGUUUCGUUUAGGACACGCCGGUACCGACGGUACCUGCGGGACAUAAAUUUACAGCGGCGAUUCAAAAGCAGCUCGGGCUGUGGGCCAGUGAUGCCGGACACAUUAACACUUGUAAAGAACCGGACAGAGCCACGGCUGGGGCAGCUAGAUCGCACCCUGGCCACAGAGGGGACCGCCCGCCCCGCCUGGGUCAUUGCAAUCCUGGCCAGUGUUUUGAUCUUCACCACGGUGGUUGACGUGCUGGGGAACCUGCUGGUGAUCAUCUCGGUGUUCAGGAACCGCAAGCUGAGGAACGCGGGUAAUGUGUUUGUGGUGAGUCUGGCAUUUGCUGACCUUGUGGUAGCCUUCUACCCCUACCCUCUGGUUCUCUACGCUCUUUUCCAUGAUGGAUGGGCUCUGGGAAACACACAAUGCAUGGUCAGUGGUUUCCUUAUGGGGCUCAGUGUCAUCGGUUCCAUUUUCAACAUCACUGGAAUUGCGGUGAACAGAUACUGCUAUAUCUGCCACUCAUUCGCAUACAGUCGGCUAUACAGCUAUCGCAACACUUUGAUGUUUGUUGCCUUAAUUUGGCUGCUCACCGUAGUGGCCAUUGUCCCGAAUUUCUUCGUUGGUUCCCUGCGUUAUGACCCGCGAGUUUACUCCUGCACCUUCGCCCAGAAUGUCAGCAGUUCCUACACAGUGGCAGUAGUGGUGGUUCACUUUCUGGUUCCCAUUGCUGUGGUUACCUUUUGUUAUUUACGCAUUUGGGUACUUGUUAUUCAGGUGCGUCGUAAAGUGAAGACAGAAGAAAGCCCUCGCCUGAGACCGAGUGACUUGCGGAAUUUCAUCACCAUGUUUGUGGUAUUUGUGUUGUUUGCCAUUUGCUGGGCUCCACUUAACCUGAUUGGCUUGGCGGUGGCGAUUGAUCCGUCCCGCGUGGCUCCUCGUAUCCCUGAGUGGCUUUUUGUAGUCAGCUACUUUAUGGCCUACUUCAACAGCUGUCUGAACGCCAUAAUCUAUGGCUUACUGAACCGAAAUUUCAGGAAUGAGUACAAACGCAUUGUCACCUCCGUCUGGGUGACUCGGCUCUUCGUGACGGAGACUUCACGAGCCGUCACGGACGGAAGGAGCAUGAGGAGCAAGCAAUCGCCGCCUCCGCCGCUCAAUAACAACGAGUCAGUCAGAGAUCGCACAAACAAAGAAUGAAGUCUGAAUUCUUGAGCCUAUUAAAUGCUAAUUCCUGUUUUGUGUUACAUCCAGGUAGUUGUGCAGCUAAAGAGUAUUAAGUAAUGAAUGAAACUGAAAGACAUGGCUUUGUUUUCUUGUAGUUUAUCAAGAUAUGAAGAAUUCUAUCAUUUAAACUCAGAGUUUUUACCAGUGAUGGGUUUUAAUAACUGUGAUUUGCGUCAAUGGAGCAAACCCUUUAGAGAUUAUAUCUGACAGCUAAGCCAUGUAUUGCAGUUUCAUGUUGUUAUUACUCUAACAAUCUGAAUGACACAUUACUAAAAUGUGAUAUCCUUUAAUGUCUGCUGCUGUAGACUUUAAGACAUAAUUCACCAAACUGGGUGGCAAUGGUAACCACACACUUGUCUUUAGUAACUUCAGAAGCCUCAAAUCGUAAAACUCGCCUCACCUGAACGUCAGAUUAGUACAAGAGGAAAUGAUGUCUCACUGUUGAUAAUAUACAGUAUAAUAUCAGUUUGAUAGAGUUUUAUAUGGUGAAAGUGCUAAGCCUAAAUGCUGCAGUAGCAUAAUACUUAAUACUGCCUGGUUUGACCUUCUUGCACUGCGAACAACAGGAAACAAAAUCUUAGUAAUAAACAUGACAAAUUAAUUCAGGUGAUGGAUGGCACAAAACAAGUUGAGAGAAAAACUAGCAUCAAACCAUGUAAUAUGUGCUAAUUGACAUAUCUGUUUUAUUUUAGUGCACAUGAUGUAGCUUGUGGAGGAUACCUGUGUGUCUGCUGAUGCUGCUCAACCAAUCAGUCACUCAACAAAUAAGCUAUGCUUCAUAUCUGCUAUAGUUGGUGUGAUAUGGCUAUCUAGGCUUCUUGUAAUACCGAAGAAAAGACCCAAACAUAUACUUGUAAAUUAGAGAAAUUUCUAUAAGUUCUAUAAAUGUGAAAUAAAAAAAAUUACAUAAGGUGACCAGAAAUGGUCAUUUUGCAUCAUAAUCAGUUUUGAUACUACAGGUAUUAUGUUAUAGUGAACCUUUUGUACUUUUGCUAAGGUAGAAACUCAGUACACACAGCAUUAAAUCCAUCUGAAUCUACAGAAAUAAAAGUGCAAUGCAAUAACUUAUUCAGUUUCAUCAAAUAUCCAAGUGCAGCAAAUGGACAGUUCCCUGUGGACACUUUCCUAUGCAAUUCAAAACACACUGUGCGCUCCAAUCCAAGUUCUCCAACAUAAGUUGCAUCUGAAAACAGUAUUAAGUUAACUCAGCUAGUUCCUAACCUUAGCACAUCCAUAUUUCAAGAAGAUGUCAUGGUAUAUUUCUGAUUUGCCGCACUGCUGCUCUCUAGACCGCAUAAUAACAAAAAGACUGAGACACACAACAAGUUCAUGAAGCUGUUCUCCUUUCACUGCUAAAGCCCUGCGAAUGCAGCAAGCAGUUUAGACUGGGCUCAGGUUCCUCUGCCUCCUACAUCAUAUGCUGUGCAGUACGAUGUAGUGGUGAUAUGUUUAUUUAUGCUGAAAUACUUAUGCAAAGCUUUAGCUUUUCAUUUAAUAGGUAAUUUAGUAUCUUUGCUUAUUAAUGCUGUUCGUGAUAAUUUUUUAUUUAAAAAAAAAAAGCUGAAUUCACCAUGGAUACACGUCGAUGCUUUCAUUGUGGAAAGUAAAACAAAGAGAAGCAAUGAGAGUACAUUAGUGAAAUGUAAGGAGCGGGUCACUUGCUUGUAGUAAAUUUGACAGGAGGAUGACACUCAUUGCCUCUUAUCAGUAAACAGUGUUUUAUACAUCGUAGAUGUCCGAGUAAGUUCUGUUCAUAUCCGUUUUCCCAUCUCAGGGUGCCUACUGAACAUUUUUCUUGUGAUAUGUUUUGUUGUCCAAAACAUUUGCAGUUCAUUAGCUACCUUACGAGGGAGUCUGAAGACAU